CAUUUCUUGUCCUUUUCAGUGCCUGGUUUCCUUGACAAUUUGCCACACUGGUAUCCGUUACGUGAACAUGACAACACUACUGGUGUGGAACUUCCAAAGCCAACGGUGCUGCCACCUACCAUAAGGUCUGUACAAAACACCAUCCGAACAGGAUCACCGAAUCAGUCGAGAGGCAGCAGAGAUUCCCCGAGCAAACAGUAUCGGGGUAAUAAAGGAGAUGGACUAGGGGGUAGAAGAAGGUCGUUAGGAGCUUUGACAGAUGUCGACAGACUAACUACCUCUGAAUCUAUGGACAUCUCCUCGACUCACUCUUCGCCUCUUCUGCCGCACAAACCACGUGACAUGCACCUUCAGUCGUCUGAGCAUGCUCCUGGUAAAGUAGUCCAUUGUUUCAGUGGUUUGUCGCACAUCAUGUCUGUAGCACGUCACAUCCUGUACCCCCGUUCAAAGAAGAACAAAUACUGUGCACGCCUUUCACAUCGGCUCCUUCCUAAGAAAAAUAGCGAAAACAGGGGUAUGAAGACAGUGUGGCAAUAUCAUUCAUUCGGAUGAAGAGAGCUAUUGUUUUCAGGUUAGUUUCCUAGCUAUCUGUGAUAUUUUCACCAACCCUGGUUACAUGAUUUUGGACUAUGAUGCAUGAAAUACAUGUCAAGAUUGAUCCAUCACCGAACCCGUGUAUGUCAAGACUCUUCACGUAUGUCUGCCACCGGAACAAUGGAUGUCAGGAGCGUUUCUGUCUGUCUUUCACCGAACCAAGGUGUGAUGGAGUUUGCCAUUUCUAUAAGUCGUUGAAACUAGGUAUACCAUGCAUGGGCAGUUGUGUUCUCUACCUACCCAAAGAAUGUUAAGACCGGUAAAUAUUGUGCUAUACAGAAUAAACAUAUAUCAGGAGUGGUCAGUUCUGACUGCAAAUGAACCAAAGCCUGUCUGGAGUGGUCAGUUAUGUAACCCUCGAACCACCUUCUACGAUCAUAUAUCACCACGGAAGCUCAUUAAGGCAAUGUUUCCUUUGUACAAUAUUCCAAACGAUUGCGAGUCUUCAAUAACAAAAUUUACAUCGUAGUCAGUAAUGAUGCUGUUCAGUUUGUCGCUGCAUGUGUAUUUCAAUACCAAAUUAUGACCUACAUCCGGUGUUCCAUUAUCAUAUGUUUACAGAUAAAGAAGACGAUGUUGUAACAUAUGAAUUAAUUGGUGACAGAAUUAUGUUUUCUCCACAUUGUUCUAAAUAAUUACUACAUUCUUGGAAAAUACUACAAACAGUAAAUGAAAGAAUUCUACUUAAAAUAAAUCAACUAUCAUUUUAGUCCAUACUCACCAAAGAAGAAUAAUAAUUAUUAUUAUGCUUCCAUAUGCCGCAUUUAUUUGAAAGUAUUAUGAAAUCGUAUAUUUGAAAAUUCUCGAGUGUGGAAGUUCUUGUGCUGUGAUUCUCUAAGCUGAACUCGGUGUUGAAUUUUUUCGCGUUUGCAAUGUUUAACAAAAACUGUGUAUUCAAUAUAUCUAAAAUUAAUAAUAUCUUUAAGUAAAUAUUUGUAGAUUAGUUCCCUCCAGGCGCAAAAAGCCAGCAUUUCCAAACCGCGAAAAAGUCCACCUUUACAGAAACAAUGUAUACGAAGAAAGUAUAAAUGUGUUGCUAUUCGGCAGCCUGAGGUACAGUAUGUGGGUGUAUAGAGGAUUGAUUUGCAUAAUAAUACUGUCUUCCAUGAGUCUGGUGUUCAUUGCGUUACAAUUUCUGCCGUUCACGAGUUAUUGUGUUCUCAAAUAUGUCCUGACUUUCAUCACAAAUAGAAAUACAAGAUAUAUUUGCAACUUUUGUUAUUGAGUUUGAAAUGACAAAACAGAUCAAAAAUAAAGUUAAUGUAAGUAAUACCGAAUAAAAAUGUAUUUAAAGACAUUAUAUUUACAUUAAUAUAUAUUAUCAGCAAAUAUUUCGUCUUAUAGUGCUAUCAUAUGUACUAUUCUCAACGUAUGCAUUACUUGAUGGCAUUAAAUGGCACUGUGUAAGUCCUCAACACACCUAGAUGAGCUUGGAUUUCAAAUGAUGAUAAUUUCAGUAUUAUUCUAACCGCGCUCGAGUCAAAAAGAAUAGACUUUUUCUACCAUAUAAAUGCAUGACCUUCUUAUGUUAAACCUAUCUUCUCUAGUCAAUGUAUAAAAUGGUAGUCUGAAACAUUUAGAUCGUCCAUAAAGCGGGUAACAUUCCAUUUCAUUACAUGUACAUUAUGUACAAAUAUCAUCUUUCGAAGUUUAUUUAGCGAUUUCCUGUAUAUUUUAGAUAUUGUAUAUAUAUAUAUAUAUAGACUUAACAAACCUGAUGGAUCUCACCGUAACGAUACAUGUAUCUUAAAUUGUUAUUUAUCUUCUCUUGUAACAGUGAAACAUCAAAUUAACAUCAACUCGUUAAAGUAACUAUCAGCAAAUGUAGACUAUUUACGUAGAAUACAUUCUUUGUAAUAGAUAAUAAACGGUUUAUAAAUAUUUAAUAGAAACAUUUGAUCGCGUUCUUCAUUUCUCCUGUCUCCAUCAGUAGAACUAUUUUUCUUCAUCAUAGAGUCAGUAAUUAAUAAAAAUUCACGAGACCAAAAGACGACACGUUAAUUGAUUCUCUCUUUUUUUCAAUGAAUGGUUUCUUUUUCAUUAAUACGGAGUUAAGUGACGUGAAUUAAAAGUAGAUUGUCACGUGAUCUUAUAUGCACAUUUACAUCGUUGAUAUAUCACGGUGAAUUGUUUCUAUUGUCAUAUCCCAUUGUUAUUCAAAUACAAUUGUGAUGUAUAACAAUUUUUCUAUGAAAUAUUUAGAUGUUAUGAGACUUGUAAUCUUAUACCAUGUGCAUUUAGUGAGAGAGAAAGAAGAUGAUUUGAAAGCAAUAGGUGGAAUGAAUCAUUUUUAUUGUUGGUCUAUUGACAAACAAUGAUAGAGUGAGAUGAAGGUAAAUCCUUAUCUUCGCUUUAUUGCAACAGGGAUGAACCGUAAAUUUAUUUAAGAAUUGCUGUAGGAUAGAUUCAUCAACAUUUCAGGCAAACAACAGUUUCAUGAUAGUUUGUAUAAGAAAGUUUUUUUCUUGCAUACCGUAAGUGCCAAAUGAUGAAUUCAUAUAAUUGUUUUAUUGUAUUUGUCUUCGUAUAGAAUUAUGUCAAAUGAAUGGUUAGCGUUAGAUUGGUAAAUGAUAAUCAUUUCAUUACAUAGGAUAUGAUUGCAAAUGUAUGAGAUAUAAAUGUAUGAGAUAUAUAAUUUAUCAAUCGCCUUCCGUUUUUAUCAGGUUUAAGUGUACAAUGGCUGUCUUGUGCUUUUUGAUUGUAAAUGGAGUAACAAAAACGUAGAACUAUUUCCCCUUGUAACUAUUGUACAUGGAUUUUAUAAAAUGUUGACCAGUGCACAAUGUAUACAUGGAAGAACUUGUUCGCCAUGUUAAACAUUAUAUGUAUAGAAGUGAAUGUUUUGAACAAAUAAUGUAAACAUUGUCCUAAGCAACGUGCAUAUGUUUCACAUCGUAAUUUACAAAGUAUAUCUCUUGUCAAUGGUUUUGAUAUAGUAUCUGGUCCCUCAUUUACAUAUAAAGUAAAAUAAGUUCUUAUUCAUUCAAGAGCAAAAACCCAUUAAAUAUUUAUAUAUCUAUAUAUAUAUAUAUCUGUCAUAGCUCCUUUGUGAAGUUGAAUUCUCUUAUAUUGACGUCAGCACCGAGUGAUCUAGAUGUUUAUAGCUGCAGUUGCAAGUGAGAGAUUGUCUGUUGAUGGGUAGUUGUUAGUUGGAAAGAGUGGUGAGAAUGAUAUAUCAGCGUAAUUAUAACGCUGAGUUCUCUGUGAGGUCAGUUUCAUUGUGAUUCGGAUGUUCAUAUGUGCGUGCAUAUAUACACGUGAACGUAUAUUGGAUCGGUCUGUUCGGGCGCUAGGUUAGGCGAGUACAUGAUCGUCAUUGUUGUUAUCAUAUUUAUGUAUCGGACGUGAAGUAUGUCCUGAAUGAGUUGUUAAUAUUUUUAAUAAAAAUAUAAA